AUGGCAAAUGAUGCCCGGAAUAAUCAUUAUGAGAUUAAAGACGAGGUGUUUGUGGAUGAAUAUUUCCAUUCUUCACCGAAUAUCAUUUACACACCAGUAAACAUCCCAGGGCCGGGUAUUGAAGUGGAAGAAUUUGAAAGUCAACUUGUAGGUGGCUGCUCUUGUGGUGAUGGACAGUGUUCUCUGGAGGCAGAGUGUGAAUGUAUUGCUAAAUAUGGAAAAACUUACACUGAGAAAGGGAAAUUUCUAAAUAAAAAUUGUGAAAGGCCGAUUAUAGAAUGCAAUUCCUUAUGUCAGUGCAACAAAAAUAAGUGUAGCAAUUGUAUUGUUCAAAGGGGUCCAUUACAGACUUUGGUAGUUUAUGAAAGUACUAAUGGAAAAGGAAAAGCAUUAAGAGCUACAUCUGAUAUUGAGCGAGGUACUUUUGUUUGUGAAUAUGCUGGUGAAGUUAUAGGUGUGGAAGAAAGCAGUAGACGAAUGAAGUUGCUAACUGCAAGUGAUAUGAAUUAUAUUUUUCACUUGAAAGAGCACUUAGCCAAUGGUUCGAUAAUUCAUACAUUUAUUGACCCUACAUUCAUUGGGAAUAUAGGCCGGUACAUUAAUCACUCAUGUGACCCUAACUGUUUUGUGGUGCCAGUUAGAGUUAAUUCUUUUGUGGCCCGAUUGGCCAUAUUCACGUCCUCUUUUGUACCAGCUUCUGAAGAAUUAACAUUUGAUUAUGGGUCACUGAACAGAAAUUGUAGUAUAUCUGGGGCAAGUGCCAAGAUUUGUCUUUGUGAAAAAUUUAACUGCAGAAAGUUUUUGCCAUGUGAUUUGUAA